GCUUCUCCAAACACCCAAUCUUGCUCUCUUUAUUAAUUGAGAGACUCGAUGAUCUCGCUUCUUCGAAUUCCAAUCUUUCUCUUUCUUUUGACCGAUAGAAUAGUGUUUGGAUUCAUUGCUCUUGCUUCAUCUUCUCGGAUUGAAGUAGUUUUUGGUGGUUUUCGAUGGAUGUAACCGAGAUUUCGAUUGUACAUCAUGUAGCUUUGGUGCUGUUGGCGCUGUGGAUCUUCGCUUAUCUUGGGUUGUUUCAUCCUGUUCUCUACUUCAUCUCUUUGAUUUAUGUUUACAGGGUUAAUGAACACUAUAACUUAAGACUACGGAGGAGAUUACAGUUCGAAGAAAGAAAGGCUGCGAGUCAGCGGAGGCUUCUUUCUGAUACAGAAUCAGUGCGGUGGUUAAAUCAUGCUGUUGCAAAGAUUUGGCCGAUAUGUAUGGAAGAAAUUGCAUCUCAACAAUUUCUCAUGCCAAUUAUACCAUGGUUCUUGGACAAAUUUAAGCCUUGGACAGCGCGGAAAGCAGUUGUUCAACACCUUUACUUGGGUAGGAACCCUCCAAUGUUCACUGAUAUGCGGGUUCUUCGUGAUUCCCCUGAUGAUGAUCACUUGGUUUUAGAACUAGGAAUGAGUUUCCUAUCUGCUGAUGACAUGAGCGCAAUACUUGCAGUCCAGUUGAGGAAAAGAGUAGGGUUUGGCAUUUCAGCAAAUAUGCAUAUGACUGGCAUGCAUAUUGAAGGAAAGAUUCUGGUGGGUGUAAAAUUUCUUAGGCAUUGGCCGUUCAUUGGGCGUGUAAGAGUAUGCUUUGUUGAACAACCAUACAUACAGUUAACAGUCAAACCAAUUUUCAGUCAUGGUAUUGAUGUUACUGAACUUCCAGGAAUUGCUGGCUGGCUAGAUAAGAUUUUGGCUGUUGCGUUUGAGCAAACUUUGGUUGAGCCAAAUAUGAUGGUAAUUGAUGUGCAAAAGUUCGUUUCGGCACCAACAGAAAACUGGUUCACCGUUGAUGAGAAACGUCCUAUAGCCUUUGCUAAGGUGGAAAUUUUAGAAGCAAAUGACAUGAAACCAUCCGAUCUUAAUGGGCUUGCAGACCCAUAUGUGAAAGGUCAGCUUGGUCCUUACAGAUUCCGGACAAAGAUUCAAAAGAAGACGUUGUCUCCCAAGUGGAUGGAGGAGUUCAAGAUACCCAUCAGCUCAUGGGAAGUUCCUAAUGUGCUAGUUCUUGAAGUUCGAGAUAAGGACCAUAUUUUUGAUGACCUACUUGGAGACUGUUCAAUAAACAUCAAUGAACUAAGGGGUGGACAAAGACAUGACAAAUGGAUAUCUUUGUGUCAUGUCAAAAUUGGAAGGCUACACUUGGCAAUAACUCUACUUGAAGGUGAAGAAGAAAAUCAAAAGGGGAAGGAAAAGGAAAAACAAGUAGAUGAAGAAGAGUCUCCCAAACGCAUGGAAUCUACUGACCCCAGGCCAAGUUCUGUGAGUGAAGACUACUCCAAUGUUGAAACACCCAUGGAUAAAAGUAAGAAAAUGGCAGAUGAGUUUGAGGCUGUUGACAUCGAGGGGCAAGAGAAGACCGGAAUUUGGGUACAUCAUCCUGGAAGUGAUGUUUCCCAGACAUGGGAACCGAGAAAAGGACGCGUUUUACGUACAGAAACAACUCAACUUUAUAGCGAGGACAACAGCAAUAACAGCCCACGCUCUGCUUGCUCGUCGAGUGAGAACAGCAUUGAUGAAAAUACUUCUGGAAAUAGGAGUCAUAAGCCGGGGACAAGGACGAUACGUAAAGGUUUACACAAAAUUGGCUCCAUGUUUCGUAAAACCUCAAAGAAUGACAAUCUUAGCUUGAAGAAUCAAAGUCCAAGACCGAACGAUGACUCUGUCCUUCCAUCACCUGGCCCUAACCUUCGUGCAGUCGGUGACCAUGGCAGUGCAGUCAAACUUAUUGUCGAUGAUGCAUGUGUUGAAAACAUCAGAGAUGAAAUGCAAGAUCAGAAGAGUGAAGUUAAAGUGAAAACUUCAAAGCAAGGAAGUGGGAAAUUAGGACACAUUAAGAGUUCACUGGGCAGGAAGAGUUCAAAGAAAUUGACAGAAGAAGCUGUUGAUAUGGCUGAUAAUGAUAGUUCUCAUGGUGGUAUAAAUUCAUCAAAUGAUUCAAUGAAACAUCCAUUUGUGGUUGAAGGUGCCUCCAUUGAUGCUACUUCAUUGUGUGCUCAUGAUGAGAAAUCUGGGAAUAAUGUGGAUGAAAUUUAGAGAAUGUAAUGUUCUUUUGGAAUUUAUGUUCUGUAAAUUGUGUAAUUUUGCUUACUCUUGUUGAUGUUGAUCUUG